GGGCGCGCGCGGCCGUUUCGCCUUAUCUAUUUGUUUGUUUGUUUGUUUGUUUGUUUGUUUGUUUGUUUGUUUACUCAUAAAGCGCGUUAAGCCUGUGAGAGCCCGUGACGCGUCGGGCGCGCUCUCGCCUGCACGGGAGCGAGCGAGCGCGCGCUCGGUCGUGUGUAUGUGUGUGUGUCCUGGGGAGCGCGCGGGAGCGCAGCAGCGGAGAAGAGGAGCGCGCGCGAGCCUUACAUUAAUCGCUCGUCCCUGGUUUUUAGUCGUCGAACAUUCGGCUUCGGUCUCGUCAUGUUCGCCACUCUCAGAGAGGCGCGCGCACAUUUAAGAGCUUUUAAGCAGAUUGCAGCUCGCGGGUCUGCAGGAGGCGACGCUGGAGCGCGCGCGGAGUGCUGGCUCGGAGCGACGCGGCGGACUCGGGCUGUUUAUUUGUGAUUAAUCGUGAUUAUUUGUGAUUACUCGUGAUCACUGAUGAGUUUUGCGGAGCUGCAGGAGAGCAGGCGCGUGCGUGUGGGCGCCUGAGUGCGCCUCGAGCUCUUCAGCACGGACUGUAAACUUUGCGCGCGCGCGAGUGUGUGUGUGAGAGCAGGGAAGAUGGAGGGAGUUACACAGUGAGCGCGCGGACCCUGAAUCUAUAUAAUAAUAAUAAUAAUAAUAAUAAUAAUAAUAAUAAUAAUAAUAAUAAUAAUGUACGCUGGACGGAAGAGGAGGAAGCCCGUGCAGAGAGCGGUGAAGGCUCCUCCCACUGAGGGGGUGAAGUCCAACCCCUCGAAGCGUCACCGGGACCGCCUGAACUCGGAGCUGGAGCGACUGGCCCGCCUGCUGCCCUUCCCCGAGGAGGUGACCUCCAGCCUGGACAAACUGUCCAUCCUGAGGCUCAGCGUCAGCUACCUGAGAGCCAAGAACUUCUUCACCGUCGCCCUCAAGAACCACACCAACAACAGUAACCAUGACAACAGUAAAGCUACGGGAUUGGUGGACGGAUGGCUGCCGGAGGGGGAGCUGCUUCUGCAGGCUCUCAGUGGGUUUGUGCUGGUGGUCACAUCAGAAGGGAUCAUAUUCUAUGCUUCACACACUAUUCAGGAUUACCUAGGAUUCCAUCAGACGGAUGUAAUGCACCAGUCUGUGUUUGAGCUGAUUCACACAGAGGAUCAGCAGGCUUUCAGACGGAACUUGCACUGGGCCCUAAACCCCCCACCCACUGCAACCCCAACCCACGAGUCCCCACAAGAUGGAGACGGUAUCUCCAGCUCAGCUCUGAUAACCUCUAAGCCCGAGCAGCUCCCUCCUGAAAACUCCUCCUUUCUGGAACGAAGCUUCGUCUGCCGCUUCCGCUGCCUCCUCGACAACUCGUCUGGCUUUCUGGCAUUGAAUCUACAGGGCCGUCUGAAGUUCCUCCAUGGGCAGAACAGACGACUGGACGAUGGGGGUCAGGUCCCACCCCAGCUAGCCUUGUUUGCUGUAGCCACACCCCUGCAGCCCCCCUCCAUUCUGGAGAUCCGCACCAAAAACAUGAUCUUCAGAACCAAGCAUAAGCUGGACUUCACCCCAAUGGCCUGUGACGCCAAGGGUAAGAUUGUUCUGGGCUACACCGAGGCAGAGUUAAGAGUCAGAGGCACCGGUUACCAGUUCAUUCACGCAGCCGACAUGCUGUACUGCGCAGAGAACCACGUUCGCAUGAUUAAGACUGGGGAGAGUGGCCUGACAGUGUUCCGACUUCUCACAAAGGACAAUCGUUGGAAAUGGGUGCAAGCCAAUGCUAGGCUUGUGUACAAGAAUGGCAAGCCUGACUAUAUCAUCGCUACACAAAGGCCACUCGGGGAGGAGGAAGGAGGCGAGCAUCUAAGGAAACGCUCCAUGCACCUCCCUUUCACCUUUGCCACAGGGGAGGCCUUGCUGUAUGAGACCAGCUACCCUAUUCCUGGCUUCCCUAACAACAUGCUAACCAAAGGCAAGAGUGGCAGGGCCAAGAAGGGAAAGGGGGACAAAGGCUCCAAAGAUUCGCUGGACCCAAGUUCCCUGCUGGGGGCAAUGAUGAGGCAGGACAAGUCUGUGUACGUCUGCCAACCUGCACUGGAGCCCAAACUACCAUACCACAGCAGCCUAUUUAGUGAGCAUGGACAAACUAACGCUUUUUCUGCAACUGGAGAAAGCUGGGACUCUGCCAUAAGCAGAGGUUCGAAGUCAGAACUGUUGAGUUUUGACCCCCUGCUUGCCACACUGGACUCUCUAUCCCUGGAGAGUGAAGAGAGCUGCUCCAACAGCGAGCUGUUCAAUGCGCUGGAGAACCUGGGACUAAACGCUGAGGAUCUGGAGCUUCUUCUCCUGGAUGAGAGGAUGAUCCGGGUGGAGAUGGAGCCAGAUUACAUCCCAUCCCUCAACGACCUCCUCACCAACAACGAGAUCCUGUCCUAUAUCCACGAUUCGCUGGAGAAUCAGACUGUGGAUUCUACCUGCGAUGGAGACAGUCAAGUUCCUGUUCCUGUACCAGACCCUGUUCAAGGUCCAUCUGAGUCCUAUGUCCCUCAUACUGACCCUUGUCCUGUCACAGAGCCAAAUGCUACUGCUUUGUCAAGUACGUACCUUCCAUACCACCUGUCUAGACAAGUAUCCCCUAUCCUUCAACUCUCACAGCAAAUGCAGCAGCACCUGAGUGCUCAGUCUCUACAAAACAAAUGCCAUAGCUGGAUACCUGAGCCACAGGGAAGCGAAACCAAUGUGGACAGGAUGCCUCAGAACAGCUCUGUACUAGUUAACGCAGUUACUGGGGUCCACAAUGGUCACUGGAUCCCUCAGCACACACAGGCAAGUCUGGACAAUCCCACUGAGGUCAAUAACAAGUUGCCGGACACAAACAAACAGCAACAAAAUUGGCGGGAUGGCCAGGUUCAGUCCCAGUGUCCCUACAAACAAAAACCUCCUCAUGAAAGUGACCCUCACAAUGGGGUCUACAGUGAUGCCCAAUGGCAAGGAUACAACUUUGUAGACCAGGUGGACCCCUCAACCAGUGGACCUUGUGUUGGGAAUUCCCAUGUGGAUUACAAUAUUGCCGCUGGGUCAGAGAUGGAAUUUACAACGAAUAGUAACUCAGUAGGAGACAUAUGCCAGUUUCAAAGUGUCGUCGCAACAUCCUCAUCCUUUCAGCCGGUUUAUCAGAAGCAGCAACAGCCAAAGGUCCCACCCACAUUUUUCUCCUAUACCAAUCAGAACUCCUCGCUAGAGCAUAUCCUAGUUUUACCCACACCUCAGGAACUCCCAUCACUGGAUGCCUAUGAAAUAUUUGACUCCGCCCCACCACAUGACACCAUCCACAGCAAGACGGAAAACGGCUGUGUCCUCAACUCCACCAGUGUGGCCUACACAGCAAACUGCCUGCUACCCAACGGCACCGUGGCAACCGCACCCAACAACAGCCCCGUCCCCCACCCUGAGCCCCUCCCACCAAUCCUUGAUCCGCAAACCACUGGCUUCUACCUCUAAUGGCCCCCACGCUACGGACCGAUCAGCGCAAACCUUCCCCAGGAUCUGAGGGGGCGUCGGACUGACCGUCAGGAAGAAAAGACUUGAAAAUGAAUUGUAGAGGAAACUGUCAUUCCUUGCAUUGAUCUGUAGCAGAUCCAGACGUCAACUUUUGAUGCUGAAUGAUGCGUCUGUGUUAACCUGACUUAUCGGAGUUGAUGAGUAAAGAGAAAACGAUGACAAGCGAGUGCAGUUUUAGCAGGUCUCAGGUCAUUUAGUGUUGACCUACAGAUUAUCACGCUGGUUGGCGAAGAUGCAGUGUUAGCGAUGUUAUUGGUCAGUUUGUGUCAGUGCAGUAUGCGAAAACGUGUGUGCGUGUGGCAACAAGUGUUUGUUCAUUGUCUGUAAACAAUAGUGACGAGAGCCAGAUGACAUUUAGCGUCAUUGAAACUUUUGAAAUGAUUGUCGGAACGGCAGUAUUAGGUGUUCACUGUGGAAACGUGGCAUGUAUAUUAAUUUAUUUGACAGAAUUGGCUUCGUGCUGAUUGGCUUCGUGCUGAUUGGCUUCGUGCUGGUUAGCUUCAUGGUCCUUGUAUUUGCUACUGUUUUACGGGCCAGUGUCCGUAUUGUACACAACAGCUUCAAAUAUAUAUCAGGUGUCUUCUUAAGCAUUUCGCUUCCUUCCCAACCGCAGACGGAAAAUUCUGUAUCUCUUUCCGAAGCCGUUCUGUCUUUCCCCCGGUGGGUCAACGUCCUCACGGUCAGGAACAUGCGUUCGCUUUAGCGUACUAGUCGUUUAGGACCAGUCGUUUUCUGUACCGCCGGUUCGCAGCGACAGUUUAUUUUGGGAAAUAAAAACCAAAUGUGAAAGAGAUUCUGUAGUUGAGACUGGAAGAUUACAUUGAAUGUGUCAUAUACAGUAAAGGAGUUUAUAAAAAAAAGGAAAAAAAAGAUUAUUUCAUUCCGGUGCUGCAAAGAUGUUUUAUUAGUAGUGUUAUUGUAGUGGUAUUAUAAUUCACAGAGUAACCUGAUUUGAAUUGUCCUAUCCAGGCCCCGCCCACAAGUGCGUUCUUUCAUGGCUACUGUAACGAGGUUGGGCCGACUUUACAUAUCGCUGUAAAAAUCCCAUUCAGCCUAAUGAGAAACUGUAGAACGGACUCGGUUUAUAUCACAAUACCUACAUUUAGAGUCGGUUAUUCAUUCAGUCUAAUGAGAAACUGUAGAACGGACUCGGUUUAUA